AUGGGUGUGAAAUGUAGUAGUAGUAAAACAGAACAUUUUGAUGACAGUAAAUUAACGAAAUUGCAGCCAACAAACUUUGGUAUCUGUGGUGAUUGUCAAAAUCCAAAUACUGAUAUUUAUAAAAAUUUUGGAUGGUGUCAGUUAUGUAAUUCUACAAGAUUUAAAAAUGAAUUUACCAAAUGGUCAAGUUGUAAUGAAGCUGUUGAUAAUUUCAUCCAAGAAACUCAAUUAAAUGCUAAUAGUUACCGUAAAGUUUUGGAAUGGAUUCCAUAUGAUGCGAUUGUCGAUGUUGAGUAUGUUGGAAGAGGCUGUUACGGAACUGUAUUUGCCGCCACUUGGGUACGCGGUAACAUUUUAUAUUGGGAUAAAAAAAAGAAAAAAUGGGCUAGGAAUUCCAGUAUGACUGUAAUUGUAAAAAGCAUCGACAAUUCUGCUAAUAUUACAUUGGAAUUCUUUCACGAGAUUCGUGCUUACCUUCAAUGCGAUUUCGAUCCUCGAGGAAUGAUUCAAUAUUAUGGUAUCACCCGAGAUCCUCAAACAAAUGAUUAUAUGAUCGUCAGCGAAUUUGCAAACAAUGGAAAUUUACAAACUUAUCUUCGACAUAAUUAUCAUUUGCUAAAUUGGGAAAAACCAAUAGUGAUGUGUGAGGUUGCCACGGGAAUUCCUCCAUUUAGUAAUAGGGCUCACGAUUAUAAUCUUGCCGUUGGUAUAUGUGAUGGAAUUCGUCCACCGUUUACUGAAGGAACUCCAAAAUCUUUUACGACACUCGUAGAAAGGUGUUGGGAUUCUGAUCCCACGAAUCGCCCCGAUGUUCAACAAAUAACUGAAAUGUUAUUCCGUUGGCAUUUUAAUCUUGAACAAGAGAGAUCGACAGAUGUAUGCAAUACUUUUCGUGAUUCUGAUACUAAUAUGAAUCCACGACAACAGCACAAUGAAAGUACUUAUUCACAAGAAAUAUUAUCUGAUGAUGUACCAUCAUUGCGGUACUCUAAAGCCAUAACCACAGAACUUGAACGUCGAUCAACACCUGAUGUAGGAGGUAGAACAUCACGAUAUUCAUUAGCAUUAGAAGCCGAACUUCAACGAUGCACCACACCAGAAGCGGUAGCGGUACAUAAUAAAAGACAGAACGAUCUUAGAAAAAAUAUAUAUCACAGAUAUGAUCAAAAUGCAUCUAAUAAGGCACGAAAAGAAAUGGCACAAACUUAUAAAUAUUCAAUAGAAUCAAUUAAAGAAACUGGUAUAAAAUCACCACCAAAGCUUUCGGGAGAACAUUUAUUUCAAGAUGACGAUGAUGCAUAUCAGAAUUGUGAAAACGAAGAAAAUGAAAAAGUUAAAAAAAAUAUGAAAAUUAACAAUGUGGAUUUGGAAAAUAUAGACGUAUUACAAUUUGUUAGAAGGCAACCUACUAUUCAACGAG